AUACUCAACAAAGCGUUUGUUCCAUGUAUCAUUAUAUUGUGGCUUGAGAAAGAGCAGGCUUGCUCUACGCUUAAUAGUUUUGCUGGCACGGUUGCGGUGCGCCGUUUCCCCGCCAUCCCGGAGUGAUACCGUCAUGCUGGCAGGCGUCCCCGCGCGUGGAGUUGCGCUGGCAUGGGAUUCCUUUUGCCUGUGUAACUUUCUGUAUUUGGGAAACUGGUUUGAGCUGUGCCUCUUCUGGGGAGAUGUAUCCCUAGCUGCAGGCCCUUCUGAAGUGCAGAAAAGUCUGUAAGUAUAGGAGAGAAAGCAGUCGUGUUGUGUUCGCAGGACAGUUGCACCAAAAAGACUGCUGGUUUGGGUUUUUUGGUGGGUUUUCUUUUUUGCCACCGGUAUUUCUUUCUUGUGUUACAACGGCGCUUUGGAGAGCCGAUGAAAAUCGGUCCCGUUGUUCUCCAGGCUCCGGUGUCUUGGCUCCUUUUCUGUUGCCUGCAGCUCUAUUUCAUUCAUCUUCGUGCUCUUUGUUACGGGUGAAAGCCUAAAUCAAACUCUGCAUUCUGGACCAGAGCAUCAUCAGCGCUGACCCCCCUGUGUUGGGCAGAGGUACCCCCUGGCGGGGGUGGUGUGUGUGUGUGUGUGUGUGUGUCACCGAGAGGCUGGGUUCGGGCCGUUAGCGUGCCAGCCUCCCAAAGCAGUUGUGUGUCACCCCUCUUGAGCCUGUCUCCCCCCCUUUUUAUUUUUGCUACCGUAUUCAGCCCAUAGCUGAACCCUAACGCCAGACCCUGUGCUUCUCCCUGGGCAUUGGCACCGGGCGCCCUCUUCACCACCUUCUGAGAUGGUGACAAAUCCCCUUUAUUUAUUCGGUUGUGUCAGUAACCUUUACGCUAUUUAUAGGUUGUGAUCGUGCCCCUCCCGAGAUGUUUGCCAGAUAAAUUUAGCUCCUUCAGCUUCUCAUCCCCAGUCCUCGCUGGCUUGUGCUGCUUUUCCUUGUAACAGCUAAUGAGAGCCGUCCCGUGUGCGGGAGCUGCGGCGAGGGGUGACUCACGUUCUAUGCUCGUCCGGGGCAGACUUCAUCUCGAAUGAAUCUCGGUCGUUCAGAGCCCAGGGAGCUCGUCCAAGUGUCCGCUUCCAAAAGGCAGCCAGCAAGGGAGUGGUGGGGGAUUAAGCAGAGGAGCGCAGGAAAAAAAGCCUCCGGAGGAAUGCUGCUGUGGGAUGUGGUGUUGGGUGCCCGGGAACGGUGCGGAUGGAAGGGGAAAGGGGGGUGCUUGGGGGUCCCGCAGUCCGCUCCCCCCUCUGCUGCUAGAGCCUUGCAGGGUAUGGGCAUCCCAGCCAAGCCUGUCCUCCUCCUGCUGUGGAGCAGGACGGCUCUGGCUGAAAUGCCAGGUUUUCCCAGGUGGUUCAGGGUGGUGGUCUUCAAAAGAGCAUUUUCAGGCGUUCCCUAUUCCUGGUGGGUGUUGAGAAGUUGUCGAGUUUUGUUCCCAAGGCUGGUGGAACCCUGUUUCUCUCCUGACUUGCUGCAUAAGGUUGUGGGGAAAGCAAAAUGAAGAUUGGUUUAGUGGGAGCGGAUUUUAUUCCAUUUCUGUCAUCACGGUAAGAACCUACCUAGAAUAUGCAGAAAUAAACAGACAGCCCCAAAACUCCAAAUAAAUAGUUCAGUCCGAGUUGCUUGUUCUCAGCGAGAUGCUGGUCCCGUGUUCCACCGUGAGCUGCCCUCCCUGAAGGUGCAAACUGUGGCUCCACUGAGGCUGGGGCAGUUCUGCCGUUAACCUCAGCCAAGCCAUUAGCUCACCUGGAGAAGGCUCUGGAUGGUGGUUUGGAGGGAGGUGGGUGCUUGUUCUGCUGGUCCUCUGAGAUAUCAAAGUGAGCCCACACUGAGGUGGAACACGUGUGGAGCAAAAGCCUGGGCAACCUGCACCGCUCUGGGCCAGCACAGCGGGGCCACAGGUGUGUGUCCUGUUCUGCUGGGGACACGGCUAGCCACCGGUGCUUGGUCAUGUCAGACCAAUGCAGCCACACUGGCCAGGACUGGGCUAUCAGGUCCCAAAACUGGGAUUUUGCUGGUACUGAGCUCUACUGAUAGUCUGGGAUGCCCAGACCUCCAGCCAGGGCUGGCAAAUUCCUGCAAAUCGGUGACCCAAGCAAUCAGUGGGUCUGCCUUAAUGCUGGAAAUGAAAUUUCAUUUGCUCCAUCGUGAAGGCUGCGAUGUGGCAGCAGAACCAGGCAGUUCAUCUCCAGCCUUGCUGGGAAGCCCUUCCUGAGCUGCUGGAGCAGCCGCCUCCUGCCACAGCGACAUCCGUGAUCCAUAAGAAAUGCAGCCGGCCGGCCCGGCCAGAGCGGAAACUUCUGCCCAGAAAAGGGCACACUGCUCAUUUUAAAAGUGUCGGGGCUGGCUGUGACUUCUCUGACUUCUCUUCUUCUCCUCCUCAGGCUCCUGGCCCCUCUCCGGCCCCAAUGAACUGCCAAGAGAGCGAGUACCGGGAUGAGCAUGGGAAAUGUGUCCCUUGCAGAAACUGCAUGCCCGGGCAGGAGCUUUCCAAGGACUGUGGCGAUGGCAUCGGGGGGGACGCGCAGUGUGUUGCCUGCCCUCCCAGGAAGUUUAAGGACAGCUGGGGGCAUCAUGGCUGCAAGCCCUGCCUGUCCUGCACCCUCAUCAACCGCAUCCAGAAGUCCAACUGCACGGCGACGACCAACGCGGUCUGUGGGGAGUGUCUGCCGGGGUUUUACCGCAAGGCGCGGAUCAGCGGGCAGCUGGACUGGGAGUGCAUCCCUUGCACCAAGCAGACGCCCUCCUCCGAGCCCCAGUGUCGGUCCAGAACAAACCUGGUGAAGGUAGCCAUCCCCACCGUACCGCCGCAGGACACGGCCCUUCUCGCCCUGACCAGCAGUGCCCUGGUCAUCAUUGUACUGGUGCUUCUGGCACUCUCCAUCAUCUACUGCAAGCGGUUUUGGAAGAGCCAGUGCCAGCGAGUCUUCCUGAGGACUCAGGACUUCUCGGGCCAGCGAGCAAUGUUCCCGACUGCGGCGGCGCCUGGCAGAUUCCUGUGUGAGGAGCAGAUGUCUGGUCCCUGCUGCCUGGGUGUGAAGAACCUGAGCCCCUGCUACAGGCAGGCAGAAGGUCCCAUGGAAGCCGUGCAGUUCAUUUCAGACGGGGAAGCUGUGGGUCUCCAGCUCCCCUCUCUCCAGCCGGAGAUGGACUUGUCACCAGCCGUCGCGGUCAGCGCUGCCUCCAAAGCCCAGCUGGGCAGGAGCCUCCUGGAAAGCCAACCCCUCAUCCGAGCCUCGGGCCGCGGCGACCGCCUGGCGGGGGUCCUCCCGCCCCCCGACCCCAGGCAGGGCCAGCCAGGCACGGCGGAGGUCUUGGCCCCCCUCUCCUCCUGCGCCUCCGAGAUGCAGCACAAGUGGCCGCACGCCCCGGUGGAGUGCACCGAGCUGGACCUCCAGAAGUUCUCCACCCAGGCAGAGUUUGUGGGCGGCGAGCGGUCGGAGGACACGGCGAGCCGGGUGGCGCAGAGGAUCCCAGCAGAGAGUGGUGGCACGGGGCGGGAGGGGACCCAGCGCAUGCCCUCCACCUUCCCAAAUCCCACCGCUGAAAGCGGGGAACAGCGGGUGGAUGAUGCCCAGAGCCUCGUGACUCAGAUCAGCAGCAUGGCGAAGGGUCUCCCGGUAGCAGAGCUGCCCCAUUCCUUGGUGCAGUCACUUGCCUUCCUGCUGGACCCUUCCUUGAACGGUGUGAAGAACUUCAGCCAUGUGGCGCUGGAGCUGGGGGUCGCGCCCCAGUUGCUGGGACGGAUAUCGGGAUUUGAGCAGCUCGUUGCUCACUUCACCUACUCGGGAGACGCCGUCACCGUCCCUCUCCUGGCCCAGGCUCUGCAGCGGCUCCAGCGGUUCGAUGCCUUGCUCCUGCUCUGCGAUCACUUCGCCCUCGGCCAGGCUGAGGGCUGCCAGCGCUAGAGAGGACGGGGAAGGGCCGGAGGAAGCUCCAGGCACUGUGUGUACUGGUACGGGAGAGGAUCCGGUGGCCCUGCGGUCACAUAAUCUCUCUGGUGUGCACGUGGGGAGUAUGUGGAGGUGGUCAUUGCAUAGCAGGACAGAAGGAUGCGAGGGGGAGCAUCCCGCCAUGCGGGAGGGUUUGCUUGGGCCCCUCCGGAGGCUGUUUUUCUCCAGCUGUGUUGACACCCUCAUCUGGCCAUGGAGUGCCAUCAGUCACUGUGCCGCCCGCGCCGUGGUGCUCUCUCUCUGUAGUGAGCCCCGUGCUGACCCUGUGGGGUCCCUUGGCCAUGGGACUCGGUCUCCACGGGCAGCCACCCUCCUGUGGGCCCAGCCAUUGCCUCCCUCCCAUUCCAGCUUUCCUGUGCUUUGUCUGGCCCGUGCUCUGCUUUCCUGGGUGCCGGUUGCCAUUUUCCUGGUUUACUUUUUGCUUGCUCUUCUCCCUCUGUGCCGGAGAUGGUCCUCGGCAGACGACCUGGCCGUGGCUGCCGCAUGGUCUCCCUGUGCCACGCCGGCGCCUUCCCCUUCGUGUCCAGUCUCAGACUGAUCCCCAGGGUGGGUUGACAUAUGUCCUUGUUGCAGCACCGUGCUGUGACUGCCAGCCUGGGGUGGGUGCUGGCUCACUCCCCGGGCUCCUGCUGUGCACCCCAGCCCCGCGGCCGUCUGCUGACCCCCGCCUGCAAGCGCCGAGGCUUUGCGAACCCCCCUGCAGUGACACGGGGUGGCAGAGGCAGCGCUGCUUCACCCCCGUGCCCUGGGGAGCAGACGGUGCCAUGUCAGCGCCGGGCAGCAGCUGGACGCUGGCUGCGUCACAGUCAGCGAUGACGUCCCUUUGCCGGUCACAACAAAGCCAGCUUGUUUUAAAAUCAUCUUUUUCUUUUUUUCUUUUUCCUGCCUAAAAAUGACCUACUUUUCUAAUUUCUGGGAGUAGCUGCUAGGGAGGGGAGCACCCUUCUGCUUUUAAUUUCUUCCUGGAGGAUUUGUCGGAGCUUGUAAUGGUCCCGCCUGUGCCGGGCGCCCGCGAUUUCGGGUGUUGUGCCCCGAGGCCGGUGGCUGUGGGCGUCCCGGGCUGUUCUCCUGAAUCUGCCCCCAGCCUCUGGGGCAUCAGGCGGGAUUUUCCCGGCAGACGGGACUUGGGGGAUGCCCGUGCCGGAGCCGAGCCCUGCGCUGCUCCUGCUCGCCUCUCUGCAGUCUGGCAUGUCUGUCGGGGGCGAGGCGGCGCGGGGGCGGCCAGGCAUGCGGGAGCUGCGCCGGCGUGGGGCCAAGGCGGUGGAGCCGGCGUGGGGCCGCGGAUGCCGUUCCUGCUGAGGUCAUGGCCAGAGCAGCCGGCGGCGGGGCUGCGGUCGGCAUCGGUGACCCGCUGCUCCCUGUGACAUCCCAUAAGUGUCACCCCGGGUUGUCCUGGGACCCCUGGGCGGCAGCACGGGAGACAAGCUGGUGGCGCUUGCUCCGGUGCUUUGUUGCUUUGUUCCUCAAGGCUGCGGCUGGUGGCUGGGUCCAGCGAGCGCUUUCUGCUUUCUCCCCGGGGUCCCCGGCCACGCCGGCCACCAGCAAGUGGCACUGUUACCCUGCCGCCCGCCCAGACACCCGCCGGGCAUCCCCGGCUGAGCUCACAAGUUUUGCCUUUUAUCUGACCACAGCACUUGGAAAAAGAGGGUGACCUUCUGGGAAGGCAGCCCUUUCCUCAGAUCUGCCCGAACAUGGGUAUUAAUAGCUGCUGGUUUUUUUUUUUUUUUUUUUUUUUUUUUUUCCUUUUCCCCGUUAAAUGCUGUUAAGACUUGAAUGCGCUCAGGAUGUGGUUAGAUAAGGGGAGGCACGGGCAGUUUCAUCUGGAUUUGACACUUUCUCUCCCCCGCUGUUUGUUUCUUCCAAAGUCAAGGUCAUUUUUAUUGCUCUUUGCUCCGCAAGAACCAGAAGUAGUAAACCUCGUACCCAUUUUAGGAUUUGGUCAGGCUCUCGUUACAUACUUGGUCUGUUACGGAGCAGUCAGGAAGAGUAUUGUUAAAGCAAAUGCAGCCUGGGGUCAGGCUUUUUUUUUUUUUUUGUUUUUGUUUUUUUUGUUUGAGGUUUGUCUGCAGCAGGGAGAGAGUGUUUGGAUUAAUCACUUAACAAAAUCGAAUAAAUAUUUAAUCCCUCUGUGGACACACUUAGUCACUUCCAGCGGGAAUUAAGAUAAAUUCGCCUAGAGCUGGCUGAGUCAGAGCAUUCAUGCAGCUCCACUCACCAGCCCUGGCUUUGAAGUUGGAACUGGUCAGGGCGGUGUGUCCCUGGUGUGUCACCACUGCCACCGGUGGUCCCUCGGGGUGUCCAGUGCCGCGGCGGCCAGGCAGGACGGCAGAGCCAGCCUCCUCCUGUCCCACGGCAGUGUCAGGAGCAAGGGAUGGGCAGGAAUGGCCAUUAAAUUAAAACCGGUGAAUAACGAGGACAUCACUACACGUGUGUGCUGCAGGUUGUCCCUGCCGUGUGUGCGGAGCAGUUCUGCUGGUGUGCCAGUGGGUGGGCUCGGGACCUAUCGGCUGGGUUAUUUUUUAAUAUUAUUUUUUUUUUCCCUCUCUUCUUUAAAGAAACCAACCCCCUUUGCUUCAUCGUUUUUAAGGCAAACUAUGACUUUUCCGCAGUUUUGACGCCUGAGCAAUAUUUUUCACCGUCAAAGCUUAACCUCCGC